AUGUCCGGACUCGUCAACAAGGUGAAGGAGAGUCUGCACAUCGGCCAAUGCUCCGACCCCGUGCAUCACCACGGCGCCAAGCGUGAAGAGGGAAUCACCGAGGGCCCAGGAGGUGGCACCCACAUGGUUCGGGGCGCAACCUACACCUCGUCGACCAAGAACACCUCGGACUGCGCCUCCGGCAAGUGCGACGAGAACUACAAGCAGGAGGGCAAGCAUGUGCCGUGGGAAGACGCCCAGGCCAAGACCAACGAGGCGUCCAAGGAGGCGCACGCCGCUGAGGUGUACGCGUGCAAGGCGCACAAGCACCUAGAGAGCGUCGCCGAGUCCCAGCAGGAGUCCGAGCGCGCCCGUGCCCGCCUGGCUGAGCUGGAGCGUGAGCUCGAGGGCAUGCGCAACCGCGGUGUUGACCUGAGCAGGAAGAAUGGUGAGAUUGAGGUUGCCAGGCGUGCAGCCCAGGAGGCCGCCAUGCGUGAGCGUGAGGCCCACAAGGGAUGCGAGGCAGCUGCAAACGAAGCUGCCCUGAAGGAGCGUGAAGCCGCCAAGCUGCAGCGUGGACUGGCCGACAUGCGCCGCAGCCUGCAGGAGAUCGAGGCAGAGCUGGCCAACCUGCAGAGGGAGCUGGAGGGUCACUCCAGGGCAGUGAAGGAGGCAGAGGCAGCUCUGGCCGCUGUCCGUGAGCGCCACAACAAGACCCACACCCACCUGGGUUCUCUGAGAGCCGAGUGGGAGAAGCAUCUGCAGGCACGCAAGGGCCUCGAGGCUAACUUCAACACCACCCGCUCCCGCCUGCAGGACGUCAACGAGCGUGAGGAGGAACUGUCCCGGCUGCUGGCAACGCGCCGCGGCCAGCUUGGAGAGCACGAGACGGCUGCACAGCGCGCGACGCGUGCUGCCGAGGCCGAGCGUGAGCGCGCAGCCCAGCUGAAGCGUGAGGCUGACCCCCUGGCCCGCGACGCUCAGAACAGGAGCGCAGCUGUCGGUCUGGCGGAGCGUGAGGCAGCAGAGGCAGCCAAGCACAAGCGCGACCUGGAGGCUCGCGAGCGUGAGCUGCAGAGCAAGCUGCAGGGCACCCAGAGGACUGUUGAGUCAACCACCGCUGAAACCCGCCAGCGUGUCGAGGGCUAUGAGAAGUACAAGGUGGAGGCAGAGCAAGCCAACCAGCGCAAGGAGGAGCUGUGGGAUGAGGCCAAGCACCUGGGCGGAGUUGGAGACCGCAACGCCGACCGGAAGAUCGCCAACAUGGAGGAGCGUCUGCAGGGCCUUGACGUGACUGGCUCCAACAAGGCGCAGACUCGCACCACCCACCGCGAGACCACCGUGGUCAAGGAAGAGUAG